AUGGCAGGCUCAGAUACACUAACUUGGCUUUUCGUAAACUACCAGAUUUGGAAUUCCUACAAGGCAGACUUCGAAAUCCAGUAUGUUAAUGCCGCUGGACAGCACUUCCAAACUACAUAUAGAAGAGGUGGCUGGUGGCCAAUUUUUAAGGUUGAUGAUGGUCCAGAAACAAGAAUCCUUGGUACAAAUGGUGGUGUUGCCACAUAUGGAGAUAUCACAGUCAGAACAAAUCUUAUACAUCCAGAAGAAUUUGGUUCUAAGAAGAAUAACUUCCUUUUAGUUGAAUGGUUUGCUACAAACAAUAACCCAACAGAACCUCAUUAUUUCUCUCUUACUUCUCACACUGAUGUCAUGAUUGCUAACAACGACUAUGCUGAUGUCAAAGCUUAUGCAGACGAUUAUGUAAACAAACGCGGUUUUACAAUGCACGAUGAUUAUACAAGCUACACAUUAACUCUCAUGGUUCGUGAUGCAUUCAAAGUCACAAAUGUUGACACAUUUUGGUUUGGUCAAUGGACAAGUUACAUUAAAGAGCAUAAGUGGGAAAACACAACAAGAACCACAGCACUUAAAGGUUAUGACUCUUCCUUCUCAUUUGGCUGGUGGAAGAGACCAAUCAGAGGAAAUCAAACAGAAAGAUUUGCAGUACUUCUCGGUGUCGGUGAAAACUUGAUGGCUCCACCAGUUGUUGAGGUCACUAAUACUUUCCAAGAAAACUACAAUCCUAAACAAAAGGUCAAUAUCACUGGUAUCUUGAAAGAAACAGAUAAGGAAGAUAUUAUUAACUGCUGGUAUAAGUUUAGAAAUGAAACUCACUCAAUCUUCACAAAUCUCCCCACAAAUAAUUUCGAUGGAGUCUUCACAACAGAUUUCUCAUUUGGGAUCGAAUUACCACAAGAAGUUGGUGCUUAUGAUCUCGAAAUCCAGGCUAAGGAUAGAUAUGAGAUGAAAUCUAAUGUAUUCACUAAGAGACUUCUUGUAAAUGAACAGCCACGUAUUCGCAUUGUUAAUCAAUUAAGUCAAGAAUACUUCACAGGUGGUAACGUCGAAGUUUUGGGUAUCAUUUGGGAUGACACAAAGGCUAACAUUCAUUACAGGUUCGAUGAUGACUGGGACUUCAGUGCAGAUCAUGAUGAAAUUAUCUGCAACCGUCAGGAAAAGGACUUCCGUAAAACAUUCCCACUUCGUGAAUCUCGUCUUUCCUAUGGAAGACAUACAUUAUAUAUUUGGGCUGAAGAUGAAUGGGGUGUUAAAUCCAAUGAAAUCGUCCAUCCAUUCGAUUACAUUGAAUUGCAUACUCCAGAAAUCAAGUUUGAAAAAUAUCAAAUCCAGAACCUUUACUUCCAUGACCAAGUUAAAAUUAAGGCUUAUGUUCGUGAUCUCGAUAGAGGUGAUACACUUACAAUUCUUUAUAAGCUCCCAGAAUCCCCACCACUUGAGCCAUUCAAUUCAUUCUAUUCAUUGACAGCUGAUACAACAUGGCAGUAUUUCGAAUUUGAAUAUGAAGUUCACAAAUCACUUCCAGCUGGUCAUAACUUCAUCACAUUCCAGGUAAAGGAUCAGCGCAAUGCAAUUUCAUAUGAUGCUAAAUAUUACUUUAACGUCACAAAGUAUGAUGUUACACCAAUUCCUGUUCCAACCCCACGCGCAACUGCUGAAAACGAAUAUGACCCCAGUGACAGUUCAUUUGUGAUCCCAUCUGAUUCAACAAUUGUAGAAACAACGACAACAACCAUUACUGAAGCAAAGUCAACAGAUAGUAAUGGUGAUGAUAUCACAUCAUACACCAAUACAACAACAUACAUUCUUAUUGUUACAAACACUAAGGAAGCUGGUGGAAAUGGCGGUAAUGGUAAAACAACACCAUCACCAUCUGCAUCAGACUCCCAAGCAUUCGGUGAUAACGCCGCUGCUGGAGUUUCUAGCAAGAAGAAAGAUGCUGACAAGAAGAAAUGGAUCUAUAUUGGUGCUGGUAUUGCUGUCGGUGUUGCUGCAAUUGCUGCCGCAGCUAUCAUUGCUUACGAAGCUUCCAAGAAGGCUAAGGAAUUCAAUGAAGAAGAUGUUGAGGGCUGGGAUAAUGGUUAUGAUAAUGCUAUGCAGGAGAAUGAUAACCCACUUUACAAUGAAGAUGCAAAUGACGAUCCAUUUGCAGAUGAGUUCGAUGAAGAUGCUGACGCGGGCAACAACAACGUUUUCCCUGCAUAA